AGAUACUCGCGUCUCACAGCCGUCCCAGCUUGUGGAGGAACGCCCCGCCACGCGGCUGUCGGACCAGUCCACGCCCUUCCACGUGGCAUUCACUGGCAGGCUACCUCAGAUCGCGGGAAACACACACCUCUUAUCAUAUCUUAUAACCUUCCCAAAAAUAAUUUUUGUAUUGUUUUCUCCUUAGUCCUUUCUCUUCUGGAAUUUUUUUCCUUUCUCUUUCCUGCGGUCAUCUGGGUUUUCUUCUUUCCCCCCUUUCUGCUUUCUUUGUUCUAACGGCUCCCGGGACGCCAUGACCGCUGUCGCCACUUUCGCAGCUCUCUCUGUCCCCAUUUCUUUGUAUAGAUCGUCAAAGUUCCACGUCAGAAAGAGCUGCAAAGCUAGGAUUGGGGUGUUUGCAGUGUUUGGGGAUGAAGGUGGGGGGUUGGUGGAAAGGAAGAGUCAAUGGGGGGCGCUAUUCGAAGUGGAGGAUCCCAGGUCUAAGAUGCCACAAUGUAAAGGCAAGUUCUUGGAUGCCAACCAAGCACUUGAAGUAGCUAGAUACGACAUUCAGUAUUGUGAUUGGCGAGCUCGCCAGGAUCUGCUUACAAUCAUGCUGCUUCAUGAGAAGGUUGUGGAGGUUUUGAAUCCCUUAGCACGCGAAUAUAAAUCAAUCGGCACCAUGAAGAAGGAACUAGCUGAGUUGCAAGAAGACUUGACCCAAGCUCACAGACAGGUACAUAUAUCUGAAGCAAGGGUAUCUACUGCUUUAGAUAAACUAGCCUACAUGGAAGAGUUGGUAAAUGACAAGCUGUUACAAGAUAGAAGCACCACAGCAGAAACUUACCAAGCGUCUCCUUCUACUUCCACUGCAACUCCACCUGCCAAUAUUGUGAAAAGAAAAGCCCCCAGGAAAAGUUUCAAUGUUUCAGGUCCUGUCCAGCCAUACCAUCCUCAUCUAAAGAACUUUUGGUACCCAGUUGCUUUCUCCACCGACUUGCAGGAUGACACAAUGAUUCCAUUUGAUUGCUUUGAGCAACCAUGGGUUGUUUUCCGCGGGAAAGAUGGAAAACCAGGAUGUGUUCAGAACACAUGUGCACAUCGAGCGUGUCCGCUUGACCUAGGUUCUGUUAAGGAGGGAAGAAUUCAGUGUCCUUACCAUGGAUGGGAAUACUCAACUGAUGGGACGUGUGAGAAGAUGCCGUCUACUCGACUAGUGAAUGUGAAAUUAAAGUCACUGCCAUGUUUUGAGCAAGAAGGCAUGGUCUGGGUUUGGCCCGGUACUGACCCCCCAGCCCCUAACCUUCCUUCCUUAAAACCUCCACCGGGUUUCCAAAUUCAUGCCGAGAUAGUGAUGGAACUUCCAGUGGAACAUGGGCUACUUCUCGACAACCUUUUGGAUCUUGCGCAUGCACCUUUUACGCACACAUCUACUUUUGCCAAGGGUUGGAGUGUUCCCAGCUUGGUGAAGUUCCUGACACCAGCAUCUGGCCUACAAGGAUACUGGGACCCUUACCCUAUCGACAUGGAAUUUCGACCACCUUGCAUGGUGCUGUCCACCAUCGGGAUUUCCAAACCCGGAAAACUGGAGGGCCAAAGUACAAGGGAAUGUGCCACUCAUCUUCACCAGCUCCACGUUUGCUUACCUUCGACUAGAGGAAAGACGAGACUGCUGUACAGAAUGUCCCUUGACUUCGCUCCUCUGCUAAAGCACGUCCCGUUCAUGCAACAUCUAUGGAGACAUUUUGCCGAGCAGGUUCUGAAUGAGGAUUUACGGCUGGUACUUGGGCAGCAGGAGCGAAUGAACAAUGGCGCAGAUGUCUGGAAUUUCCCGGUAUCGUAUGAUAAGCUAGGAGUAAGGUAUAGAUUAUGGAGAGACGCGGUCAACCAAGGUGAAAAACAAUUACCCUUUAGCAAUCAACGUAAAGAAGAUUCCUAAAACCCUGGAAAGAUGGUUUCUACUAUAGUGGGAUUCUUAGCUUCCCUAUCUGGAGCUGAUUCCCGCGUCCAACUUGACUCUCAUGGCGAUCGGCAAUGUUCAGGAAAUGACAACCCAUGUGCAAAAGUGCCGUUCAUUUUUUGAUGUGUUGAAGAACAGUUGUAGAAGCUCGACCGAAGUUGUGGAAUUCAUCGCGACAGCAGACAAUGGAUCAACCAGCCUUCAGAAACGCAACUGUUUCAGGGUUAUUUGAGCGUCUAACACUACGAUGGCUGAUUUUGUGUACAGUCCGGUUCCACUUUAUGAUUUGAGGGGUCUGGAUCGUCGCCGCCACCACCCUGGGCGGCUUUGUGAAUGUACUGCAAGAGAUGGAGACGAACAUCUCGUUGUAUUUAUCAUAUACUAACAUUGAUUUACAAAUGCAAAGGUUACGUUUUGAUCUUACUAGAAUCCCAUGUACUCAUCAGUAACUCAACUGAAAGCUCCCCAAGACAGAGAAAACGCAUCGAAACGUAUACACGAUAACAGGAGAUACGUUUAUGCAAAUUUUUGUCAACUAUUACACCGCGGAGAGAAGAGAAACGUUUCACAGAGAUGAGCCACAGAAAGAACAAAACUUGAACUCUCUCGUUCUUGGAAAAAAUCCAAAAGUACUAUUGUUUAUUUUUUUCUUACAAAAUUACCACCCAACCCAAAACAUUUACAAAAAUACCACCAUUAAUCAAAAACCGCAUCCUUAAGGUGCGGUUCUCUUUCAAACCGCACGGGGGCAGGAGCGGUUCACAUAUAAACCGCAUCCUGAAGUGGCGGUUUACUUUAUAUGGGCAAACCACCAUAUGAAGGAGCGGUUCAUGUGGUUGCCCUAGCACAAACCGCGUCCUUGGGGUGCGGUUUUUCGUCGGCAACAUAAACCGCACCCCCCUGCGUUUUAUGCCUCGUCCUCAUUCACCCAACAUCCGACAUGUCGACAUGCAGGAGGUGGCAGGGGUGUGGGGGCUGCAUGGCAGCCUGAAAACCGCUCCCCCUGCGGUUUUAGUGUCAAAUUUGCCUAUAAAAGGCAACCCCGGAA